CGAGUAGGCGUCACUUGAUCUGAUCACCUGCCCUAAUACCAACGAAGAAGAACUUACUUUGUGGGUGUUAACAAGCGCGGCGGGAAGUUUUUAAUCGAGUUCUCUCGUCGACGACAAGAAGAGCAGUUUUGUCGCAGUUAUUCCUUAAAACACUCCACUACUUCGUCUUCCAAUUUCUUCCUUCUACCUGUUGCAACUUUUGUAGUCGGGUGGAAGUUGAAAGCGCCAUGCAGACGUCGGCCGCAGACGAGGCCGAGACGCGACACUCGCUGGUCUUUUUCGACUUGGAGACAACUGGAUUCGGCCCAAAAUGUGAGAUCGUCCAGUUGGCGGCGGUGAGUGGCGACAGCUUUCUUAAUCUGCACGUUGUCCCUCGUUGCCCGGUGCAUCCCAAAGCCACCCAGGUGACGGGCUUCAGCGUGGUCAGGCAGGAGCUUUACCUCCACGGGCGGCUCGUCCCUACCAAGUCCCUGCGGGAGGCGCUGGCGUCCUUCAUCGCCUUCCUCCAAGCGCUCCCACGCCCCCUGCUGGUGGGACACAACAUCCGCCGCUUCGAUUGCCUGCCCCUGGCCCGAGCGCUGGAGCAGACGGGCCUCAGGGAGCAGUUGGAGGCGUCCAUCUCGGGCUGCAUGGACACCCUGCCUCUGACCCGGGAGGUGCUGAGGGAGUGCGGCAUGAAGAGCUUCAGACAGGAGCACCUGGUCAGGGAGCUGCUGGGCGCGGACUACCAGGCCCAUGACGCCUUGGAGGACGUGCGGGCCUUGCAGAGGCUUUACCACGUUGUCCAGCCCUCACCCGAGGUGGUCGCCCGCCACUUGUUCAGUCUGAGCGACAUACAGGUGGGCUGUCAGUUACUGCCUCCUGUGGCAGCUUGUGGAACCGCAGCAGAACAAGACAACUUCAUGAAGAUUUCAUGACCAACACUUCUUUUUAUUUCAUUCACAAGAUUAUGUCACCAAAUGGGUUUUAACAAAUAUUUUUAACUUCCCUUAAAGCAAUAUUGUCUCUGCUGUAGAAUGCAUUUAUGAUACAAUUUGAAAUUGAUUAAACAUUUGUUCGUGUAUCCAGUUGGGGCUCCAAUGAUUCAUCCAUUCCAAAAAACCUUUAAUUUAUAUUCUGUUGCUACGAAUAAUCGUAUAACAACGUGCACUAAGACAUUUUUGUGUAAUUUGUAUUAAUGCACAUGUUAAAAGUGUCGUUUCAAAGUCGAUGUGCAUUCAAGGGAAACAUUUUAUUUCAAGCAAAACAUUCUUGCAUUGCAACUAUUAAACUUAAAAUAUGUGUUGAGGAUGUCAGGUUAUAUCUGAUUAUUUAAAUAACCGAGUUAUCUUAUCGAUUAAUCAAUAGCUGCAACUUUACUUCCAGUAAAAUACUAAAUCCCGUGUAAUACUCCAAUGAUUAGAACGUUGCGCAAAAUAAUUGUGUAUAUAUAGAUAUAUAUAAAUAUAAUACUGCAAAAACACUUUUAAUCAAUUAUCAAAAUUAGAAUUGAAUUAUAAGUGGAAUAAAUACAUUUUGAAAGCGGCUCCAUUAUCUUGCGCAACGUUCUAAUCAUUGGAUUAUUACAGAUUUAUAAAUCUAUAUUUAUAUAGAUGUAUAUUUUGAUUGUCCUUUUAAGUAUUUAUUUGUAUGUCUUCUCAGUUGCUAUGUAAAAGUCUGGAAAGCUGUGAUUAGGUUUGAUUUUUAUAUCUUUUUUAUGUGUGUAUAAGUUGUAUGUCAGCAGCCAACAUGAGUUUAUAUAACUUUUUUUGAAUAGAACAUGUAUAUAUCCAAUAAUACAUUGUAUAGUAUUGUAAAGAGCCUAAAGAUUGCCACCUCUGUCAAUGAUAAUUCAUAUUUUUAAAUUUUGUGCAAAAUGUUGCUGGUUGGAUUCCCACUUAUGUUUAUAUAUGUGUUGUUAUGGUCUUUUUCCCACUUAUAUAUGUUUAUAAAAAGAAAUGGAAGCACAGGCAGCAAAGUCACAGCACAAAGCUUUUAUUCAUCCACUUUAUCGUUCUUGGGGGUUCCAUGCUAACAGCAGUCCUAAAAUGCAAAUAAGAUGCGCCGGUGCAAUACAGCAGGAAGUACAAUGAUUAGUGUGCAACAAAGCAUCAGCAUGUGUGCAUUUCAUGGACAUGAGUUGAGAUAACAGUUAAAAAGCACACAAAUCAGACUCGUCACAAGAUUGAAGGAAAAGUGAGACAUUAAAAAUAUGGCUAAAAGUUACUGCAAACAUCCAGUAUUUGUAGAGCGUUACAGUAUUCAUUGACAAAUAUAUUAAAUACCAUAUAUAAGUGGAAAAGAUACAAAAUUAACACAUUUCCAGAGUGCCAUUAAAGUAAAACGCAGCAUUUUGUUGAACAUUGGCAUUCCUUGGUCAUGCUGGGUGGGAUUGUUGUACAGUACACGUUAUAGUACGCUACUUUGCACUGCAGGCAUGCUGCCAGUACUGACCCACCUUCAGUCUGCGUACGUUUCCACACAUGCAUCUGGACCCACCUGGUCCAGGAGACGGACAUGUACACACACAGCAUACAGCUGCUUGUACCAAGUCUGCACAGUAGGCCUGGGCGGUACGGCCAAAAACCACAAGUUCACAUUCUUUUUCACACCAAAAAGAAAAGAUUUCCAAUUUUUUGAAGAAAUGAAUGAAUAAAGAUUAAAACACUUUUUUUUUAUGUGAUCAAAAACUAGUAGUUUCAAAUGACACUGCAUCUUACUCUCAUUUCUAUAAUGUUCUUUUAGUCCAGACAUAAUCAAUAGUUAUUUAUCUGGAUUAAUCCUCAAACAAAUGAAUGAAAGGUUUCCUCUAGGAAGCAAAACUUCUGUCUUGAAUACAACACAAUACUGUAAAUACUCUCCGACAAAGUGCAAACUUAAAUAUUCAGUCUCGAAUAAAACACUUGUGUAAAUAAAAAUGCAGUAUUGCACAUCACAUGCAAAUAAAGUAUAACACUAAGAGGAUAUGAUUUGUUUACGCAGCCUUUUUUUAGUCGCACAUCUCGGAUAUUAGUGCCUUGUGCUUCUUUCUCAUCCCACGUUGCACCUUGUGGAAAACAAGCCGGAGUUUGUGUGUUGUUAGGGUCUUUUUACCCUCGUAAAGAGUUGCAUUUGAAGGCUUCAGUUUCAGAUGCUGGAAUAAGUUGUGAUGCUUCCUUUUUUUAAACAAACUUUGCAGCGUGCGGUCACUUGUUCCACGCAGGUUGCCGCAAAACCAAACCACUGACAAAAUGUAUUUUCUUCGGAACAAUCGUCACGUUAGCACAAAGUAUGCCAGAGCAAGAGGAGAAAAAAAAAAUGAAUUUAGGGAUAAAAUGGACAUAUGGCCCAGGCCUAGUGCACAAAUACACUUCUGCAUUCGUCACCAGCAUCAAUGCGGUGUUUCCCUUUCAUGUCUUUGUGGUGGCCGGCCCACCACAAAUACAUUUAAAUCAGAAAAGUUGAAAAGGAGUUUUGGAUCUCCUGUCAAACAGUACUUUUAUAUGCACUAAAGAAAACCAAAUAAUUGCAUGAAGUGGCGCUCCAUUUUGUCAUGUUUAGUUUUUAAACAAUUUGAAUUAAACAGACCACGAUUGUGCUAUUGGAAACCAGUUUCAAUUUAAGUGUCCCAUACUCUUAGCUUUUGCCCGACAAACUACGAGUACUAAAAUCUCCCACGCCUAAAAUGUUGGUUAAAAAAUGUUGUAGGAACAACUCAAGGAGGAUCAGUUAAAACAGGAUGCACCUGAGCUCACUUUUGAGCUUUGUGGCAAAGGUGGUGAAUACUUUAAUACGUGUGAUAUCUUAGUUUUGUAUUUUUAUUACAUUUGCAAAAAGCUCAAAAAAAAUAUAUUUUCACACUGACAUCAUGGGGUAUUGUGUGUAGAAUUUUGAGGACAAAAAUGAAUUUUGGAAUAGGGCUGUAACAUGAGUACUGUUUGGAUGCACUGUAUGUAUGUUCGUGUGUGUAUGAUCGCAUGUUUGACUCCAGGUCUGAACCCUGGCAACGGGGCCACGUUAACUUCCGUAAACACUCGUGAUGUCCCGAUCUAAUUUGAGAGCAAGCUGCAACGAACGCGUCAUCUAUCCACAGUGCAAAGCGCUUCUAAAGAUACUAGUCCUCACCACCAUGGCGGCAAAUAAACUGUUUAUUUCCAGUAAUGUUAUCACUGGAGGGCGUGAAGAAAAAAACCACACAGGACAACACAAGAAGCUAACCGCUAAAGGUAAAGUAUGGGUGAUGAUCCAGAUGUCCAUACUAUUGAUAUCUAGUGCGGUAUCAGUAUAUAAGCGAUACUAAAGUGAUUAGAAUGAUAUUUUUCUUGUUCCUAUUGUUUACAAAGUCAGGGAGUAAGUCUCUGGAUACAAGGAGGCUUUGAUGGCACAAAAAUCGAUUUAAACGGGAGCUUAGUUUUUGUUGAGUUAUUGUAUAAUUGCCAUUUUAUU